AUCAUAUCUACCAUGGCAUACGUUUUUCAUUUCUGUAUUUGUCCUAUCAAGAGGAUUUGACAGGGUCCUUUUUUAACAUAGUACAAAUCUUAUCCCUUAGUAAUACUAUAAUGAUUUCCAUUACACGAGAGUAGAUGUUAAAACUUCAUGUUGAUUUGAACUCGGCUCUCGCCAAGAUAAGCACCAACUAAGACAUAGCUUUACAGUAAACUAAUGUGAUCCAUGUGUGUCACCAUCCAUUUGCGCUUCCUUCCAUAUAAUGAUGUAGAUAUCCUUCUGUCUGGUGUUGAUGGCUGAAGUGUAAUGCUGGCACCAGGGAUCAGCUUAUUUGCCUCCCUGGCGCAUCAGCAAACACAACAGCCGCGAUGCUGGCUCCAGGGAUCAACCCCAGUGCGGUCUCCCCAGCACAUCAGCAUGACAACCAUCAGGAUUGAGCUAAGUAGGGUACAUCUCUGGGGUCUUCAAGUGGGCACCUUCCAUCCUCUGUUUCAUCAACUAGCCCACGACACCUCAAGAGGGCUCGACGGUGAUUCUGGUGUCCCAGCAUCACCCCCCUCCGUCCCCCACUCAACUCAGCCCAGUUUACUUACCCGUACAUCAGCGUUUCUUUCUUUCUAUUGUGCUUGAGAUCCCCAGCCAGAAUCUUUCCGUCUCAACCACAGCCAGUUGCUGCUCCUCUCUGCUGCUUCAGAUAAGUUCUUCACUGUGCGACGCAACUCUUGGCCACUGAAUCCGACGUCUCUGAGAAACCGGGUUGUAGAGUGUGCCACAAAUCCUUGAUAACCCACUUCCACUGGGUAAACCCGGACUCUCCAUCCUCGCUGUUCCGCUUCAGUGGCUAGUUGAGCAUACCGCAGUUUCUUCCUGUCAUACGCCUCAUCUACAGCAUCCUCCCAUGGCACUGUUAACUCUACCAGGUGAACAAGGCGUGCUGAUCCAGACCACAAGACAAUAUCUGGUCAAAGGUUAGUGGUGGCAAACUCAGGUAGAAGAAUAAGUCGUUGACCAACAUCUGGCAGCAUUUUCCAGUCUCUAGCAGCUUCCAGUUGUCCUGAGCGAGGAUUGGUUUUAACACCUUUUCUUGGUGGUUGCUCUCCUGGGCGGAGGAAUAUUGUCUUUUGUGUGUAAUGUUUUGAUGGAACAGGUGGCAACUUAUUGGUCAUGUUACACUUGUCUUCCAAUGCUAAGGCCAAACAUCGCAGCACCUGGUCAUGGCGCCAAGUAAACCGCCGUUGGCUAAGAGCCACCUUACAUCGUGUCAAAAUGUGCCUUAAUGUUGCAGGUGAUGAACACAAAGGACAUGAGGGAUCCUCUCCUACCUAGAGGUUUAGGUUCUGUGGUGAUGGGAGAACAUCAUAUGUUGACCUGAUGAGGAAACUGAUCUUGCUCUGUUCCGUUGACCAUAGGUCUUGCCAGCCAAUCUUGCAUUGUUCCACACUCUCCCAUCUCAUCCAUUCUCCCUGCUUAUCCUGGGAAAUGGCCUUUAUACAACUUACCCUCUCCUCCUGCUUUUGCACCUCGUUUACUACCAUCUUCCUCCAUUGAGCUGGGGCUGCCUUGUGCCGUGUAGGAGGAGCUGAACUGAGACCAAGACCCCCUCUUCCAUGCUGAAUUUGCCCCAUGAUAUCACCAAUUCGAAGGGCAGCCUUUGCAUCCUCCACAGCUUUCUUUGCCACCCACUUUCUUCCAGUUUUCAGCACAGGUGCUGCCUCCCUUACGCAUUUGUCACGUGACUCUACUAAUGUCAUUUCCAGUCUGACCUUGGCGCACUUAAACUCCUCGGUUAGAGUGGAUGCUGGUAGCUGCAGUAUUCCUUUACCAUAAAGUCCCACUUUACCUAGGCAGCGUGGAACUCCCAACCAUUUCCUGAUGUAUGAACUGAUUAAGGCUUCCAGCUUCUCUACUGUUGUCAAAGAAAUCUCGUACACAGUCAGUGGCCACAGCAACCUCGGCAGUAGACCAAACUGAAAGCACCAGAGUUUUAGUUUGGUAAAGCGCUGCUGUCUAUGCUCUUCAACCCUUCCACUGCUUGUUGUCUAACUUCUCCCGCAUGAACUGUGUCCUUUAGAUCCCCUUCGUACCAUCUCCCAAGACUCUUCACUGGCUCCUCAGACACUGUUGGUAUUGCCUCACCGUUAAUGAAGAACGUCUACUACUUUACCUUUAAUUAUAGAGAUGCUCCUUCAUUUAGUGGGCUUGAAUUGCAUUCGUGCCCAUUCAAUGUUAUUGGUAAAUUUUCCCAAUAACCGAUUAGUGCAGGCUACUGUUGUAGUCAUAGUUGUCAUGUCAUCCAUGUAUGCUCGAAUUGGCAGUAGUCGCAUUCCAGAAGCCAAGCGCUCUCCUCCCACUACCCAUUUUGAUGCCCUAAUGAUUACUUCUAUUGCCAUGGUAAAAGCCAGUGGAGACAUGGUGCAUCCUGCCAUUAUUCCAACUUCUAGGCAUUGCCAUGUAGUGCUGAAUUCUGAAGUUGAUAAACUAAAUUGCAAAUCUCAAGUAGGCUUUCACUAAAUUUGUUAUUGUCUUUGGUACGCUGAAAAAAUCAAAUGCUGCCCAAAGAAGUUCAUGUGGCACUGAGUCAUAUGCAUUAGCCAAAUCCUGGAAUGUCACAUGGAGCUCCUUCCUCUCCUUUUUAGCUGAUUGAAUUUGUUGCCAGAUCACAUUGAUGUAUUCUAAGCAUCCUGUGAAACCAUGGAAUGCCCGCUUUUGUAUUGAAGUGCCAAUGAAGCAGUUCUUUAAUAGGUAAGUUGACAAUUUCUGAGCAAUAAUGCUGAAGAAAAUCUUGCCUUCUGCAUUUAAUAGGGAAAUAGGGUGAAACUGGUGGUGAUGAAGCCCUUGCUUUUUUCACAGCUUGCUCUACUUCUUUCCACUUAGGUGCACAGUCCUCCAUUUGGUAUUCUGGUGGAAUGAUAAGUGGGAUGGCUGAAGGAAUUGACAUAGGCUCCUGCCUUUUUGAAUCUGUAUGUGUUUCCUCCAAAUAUCUCUCCAGCUCAACCUUAGAUGCUUUUAGUGUGCCAUUCUUCUCACUUGUGAAUAACUUUACAAAUUUGAAUGGGUCUUUUAUAAAAGUUAGUUCUCGUACGCUCCUUUUAGUAGCGUUUCCGUAGGCGCUCAGCUCUGCGCAAUGUUGCAAGCUUAUCUUUUAUGACCCUUUUAAAGAUUGAGUCCCUCCUUCUGACUUUGUUCUGCUUUUUUCCAUUGCUUCCUCAGCUGUUUCCUUUUUCUAAGCGUUCAAUCUCCUGCUGCCGUCUAGACUUUCCAGGAAUAGUUUGUACUUUUUUCCUUCCUUUUUUCAACUCCAAACCUCUCGCUUCCAUAUGCGUAGAUGUCCCCAAAUUUAUCCAGCUCUUUUUCAACUGUUCCACUUAACCUUUCCAAUGCAAAGCAGAGAUCUGUGUUUACUGUGUCUGUAGCAGGGUGAUUGCCCUGCACGUGUGUUUAGUGUUGGUAUAAUUUUUAUGGGGAAAUGGGUUUAUUGUGUGUUUUGGAGUUGAUUUGUUUUAUUACAUUUAUUGUUUACAGACGGGCGCUCGAUUUAGACUUGCUGCCUGCUAGGCUUGGUUGAGGGGAAGGGCAGCAAGUGAUUGGCUGUGCUGGACCUCAAUCGGCAGGUGGGCGGGUCUUGACAGAGUGCCCAUCAGUUCAAAAACAUCCGCGGGAUAUGGUUCGAGGCGACUGUAACGCCUUGCCAGAGGGGCGCGGCGUAUACUCGGGAGGAGAGGGUCCGCUCUGCAGGAACGACAGCUACGCAACCUUGAGACUGCAAGCGGUGCUUGUGAAGGCAAUUCCCAGCCAAGGCCGUAUGAAGCAGCAGGAGUCAUUGUAUGAAUACCGGCUCAUGAGUAGGUUAGUUAGGGGAUUGUGAUCAGGGUUUCCCCUGGGUUUCACUAGUGACUAAUACUUUCUAAAAACAUUAGUCACUCCAGAUAUUCAGUAGUCACUACUGGCGCACAGCUCAAGUCUUCAAGGGUGUUAUGAAUCCUGUUUUUAUUUUAUACCUUAAAUCACUGUAUUGACCAAAACAAUUAUUUAAUUAAACCAUUUUAAUAAUGCUCUACAGUUUAAAUACAUUGGUAAUUUACAGUUGUAAAGUUUUAGAAUAUUAAAACUCAAGAACCAGAUUUAUUUGCCCUGAAAAGCUACAUACAGACACAGAAUGCAUUAUGAAUUACUUAUAACAUAUAUGUCUUUUUACAAUAAAGAAAAAAGUGCUAGAAUAUUGUAUACAACCCAUGGAAACAGAGUUCUGCAAUAAGGCUGAAACUUUGCUGCUUGUUUUCUUUUUCUUUUUUCUGACGCUUGUGAGCUUUGUUUGUACUUUUUUUUUUUCUGGUGUUCCAAAUUCAAGUCUUCAUUUUCUACAACUUGUUGUUCUGUUUGUUCUAUUUCACUCUUGCUGUGGCCGCGCUGAAAAAACGAGUGGAUUUUCUUCUGCGACAUUUUACAGUAUUGGCCAACAGUUUUGUUUAAUUCGCGCGCACAAGUUUACUGCGAUCAUGUAUUUAUAUUGAUGAUAGUUAUAGAAAAGAAGGCAAAGAAAAGUUCACUAUCCACGCAUCUCUACAGCUCACCUCAAUAUGAAAACAUAUUACUGCACUGUAAACCCGAAUAGUUAAACUCAUUGAAUAAAUUAAGUAUUGGAAACACAAAAGGUAUAAAAUAGUAGUACUGACACAAACGUUUUGGGUUCCCUUAACUUGCAACUCAGUUUUGAUUUUGUAGCAAUUAUGUUUGAUUCAGAUUAACUAUGUGGGAUUUUAUGUAAAGAGAACUUCUGAUAUUAGAUUUGCUGACACACAAAUCUUUUCAGUUUGAGUUUAUUAACGUGUGACGUCACAAACGUCAUUGGCACGGUCGAGAAAAAUCAUCUAAAACAUGGCUGGUCUUCCUGGAGUUCGACUAAUAUUGUAGGUUAACUAAACGUUUAAUCUCUUCUGUCUGCGGCGGUGGAGAAAUUGUAUACGGUAAACUUUCGAAUCACUAUCAAGUCUGUAUCGUUUGUUAUAAUUUUACAAAUUUAACAGUUCAUUUCUGCUCAGCUGUCAGCCCGCUAAAUCAGCUUACUAGCCGGAAAGCUAGUUAGCUAUCACAGUUGAGUUGAGAAUGAAUUGAAUAAGUACCAGGAUAGUUGUGUUGUGAUGCAGAUGCUAAAAAUCUAAAAUAUUUCAGUUUUUAUUUUAAACUAAUCUGUUUGAAAUUUACGAAAGGCAAUUUUCAAAUGCAGGCUAGCCAAUUGGGUGUAUUUUUUGCAUGACGUUGGACAAACGCAUCGGUGCGAUUGGCUGGUUUGCCUGUGUCUCACUGCAAUCCUGGACACUUGUUUUCCACACUUGACGAGCAGUGUACCCCCGGAUAAGGUCUCGGUGAGUACGAAUGUUGAUUGCAUUAGCUUCUCAACCGACUAAUGAUUCAAUGAUGUAAGCACUGUUUACAUAUAUUUGCUAUGUUUUAGAUGCCUUCAGCUUUGUCAAGAGCAGUAUCUAUCACGAUCUGAAUUCUGUGCAUACCUAUGCUAACACGUUAAAUGUCUAGCUAUCUAACGCAACUAACUGGCAGCUUUCUAACAUGUCUUCAGCUUUGGACUAUGUAACGUUUACCAGGCCCACCGAGAGGGAAAUUUUCCCCGGGGCCCAACGCCGGAUUCCAGCCUUGCUGAAGCACCCCCAGAUCAUCACCGAUCCUCCACCACAUUUCACAGUGGGUGCGAGACACUGUGGCUUGUAGGCCUCUCCAGGUCUCCGUCUAACCAUUAGACGACCAGGUGUUGGGCAAAGCUGAAAAUUGGACUCAUCUGGGGGUGCUUCAGCAAGGCUGGAAUCGGGCAGAUUUGUCUUUGUGAAGGAUGCAUGAAUCAAGCCAAGUACAAGGUUGUCCUGGAAGAAAACUUGCUUCCUUCUGCUCUGACAAUGUUCCCCAACUCUGAGGAUUGGUUUUUCCAGCAGGACAAUGCUCCAUGCCACACAGCCAGGUCAAUCAAGGUGUGGAUGGAGGACACCAGAUCAAGACCCUGUCAUGGCCAGCCCAAUCUCCAGACCUGAACCCCAUUGAAAACCUCUGGAAUGUGAUCAAGAGGAAGAGGGAUGGUCACAAGCCAUCAAACAAAGUCGAGCUGCUUGAAUUUUUGCGCCAGGAGUGGCAAAGUCACCCAACAUCAAUGUGAAAGACUGGUGGAGAGCAUGCCAAGACGCAUGAAAGCUGUGCUUGAAAAUCAGGGCUUGACCUGAAGGAUGCUGGUUCUCAUCUAGCUAGCCUAGGCCCUAUACUAUAUCCCAGAAGUGAAAGUCACUUUGAGUCAUGGUAUGUUGAACAUCUGCAUUCCUACGAGCUGUCACUUACACAAGGGAGCCUGUCUGUCCACCUGCUAUCUGAACUCAACGACACUGUCACGUUUGCUGCUUGCACCGUUGAUGGCCGGCUGCUGUUGACCCCCAAGAGAUACAUUUUACUGAGCGAGUGCUGAGUUAAUCUUGAAAAAUAUGGCAGCCGUAUCCUCUCAAGCCUUGAAACUUCGUGUCAUUGUUGAAGCUGACAGUAUAAGGAAGAUUAAACUUGACACCCUCCUCGAGUCUGUUGAUGACCUGAAAAGCAUUUUGAAGGACAAGCUCAAGUUGGAUGCAGACUUUAGCUUGCAGUACAAAGACCCUGAUUUUGAUGGUACACUUAUCUCCCUAGUGGACAUUGACGAGUUGCCACAGAAAGCUACACUGAAACUUUUCAUGGCAGAGGUGGAAACAGUUCUAUUUCAACUACAGACACAGAGUUGCUGUCAGAUGUGUCCUCUCCAGAGCGACUUAGUAGAUGGCUGCCAGGUAUUUUUCCCCAUGCCCACGUUUGCUUAUGAGGUAGAAUUGAAGCUCAGAGAAGGUAACACUGUCUUUGAAAGAAACAGAAAGUGUCUUCAGUUAUCUAGAGAUCAAAAGCAUGACAUCCUAGAGAAACUUGCAGCUACUAUUUAGUUUCAAAGCAGCUGAAGCACUUGUUUCCAAACACCCCUGCCUGAAAGAGCUUGGAUCUGAGACUGGCUGGUAUGGACGGAAGAACAGCAUAAAAUACAAAUUGGGUAACUACAGAACCAAGUUGAGGAGACCAGGAUGUCAAGAGGUCAGUAUAAACGCAGGAAAAAGAAGCAGAAGUAAUCCAGAGAUUGAACCAUCGCACUCAGAGACCCAAGCGUGCUGAAGUGAACUUUUUGCCUGACUUCCCCAAAGGACAGGACAUGGCAAGUCUUGAAAGACAGAGGCUGGAGAUAAUCCAAGAAGUUCAGAAGACUGAGAAAACCCUACCCCUCAUCGAUAGGAUGAUGCAGACGACAUUUGUCCUGCGGCGGCAGGAGGUAGUCACCAACAGACCACCUGUGAGAUAUCCUUGAGCGAUAGCCGGCUCUACAUUUGGAGUCGCAGGUGUAUGCAGAGUUCCAACGGAUCACAAACCAGAACUUGCCGAACAUCUUUUAUGAAGAGCUUGACCGCCACACUCUUCGCUUGAUGACCUUAUACCGACAGAGGGCAUCAGAGACAGGAAAGACAUCUGAUGCUUUGGCUGACAUUCUGAGGAUUCAUGAUCUACAGGUGGAGGAUUCUGAUGAGCCAGAUGUUGGUGAUGCACCAGUCGCCAUCCUUGCAGUGGUCAGUGAUGACGCUGAAAAGCCGGUCCACUUCAACCCAAUCAAGAUUUCCAUUGUCCUGGAGAGUGAAGUCAUGGUGACCAACCUACCCAGACUGGCUGACGCUUUCCUGACCCUCAUGUUAAGGUUACGGCACUCGUUGCCUGAAGAUCUGGGCGAGGAUCUCUCAAACAGAGCCACCCUCUGCCAGCUGGCCAACCACAUGAGGCCAUCAUCCACGUGCCCUCCCCCGCCGUGCCGAAGAUCAGCGCUGCCAAAAGCAGACGGAAUGUGCAGAAUUUUCAUCGACGCCUGCAGAAACCUGGGAGUGUCUGAGGACCAUGGCAGUGCAACUUUUCGUACCAAUGGUUUACAUAAACAGUUCACCGAGGGUCUCCCCUGGUAAAGGCACGUGUGAUAGAAGAAUGAUAGAAUAAUCGCACGAAGAGUUCUAAUCUAAUAUGUUUGGGUGAUCUCUGUGAUUUGUAUAACCUGAAUAAUGAUAUUAUAUGAAGUUUGAUGUUAACAAAGUAUUAGAUUUACAAUGCUGAACUAACACACUGGAAUGUGGCCAAGGGUCAGCAGCCCUGUUUUCAGAGAAGUGCAUGAGUCAGCGACAUGAGAAUAGGACACUGUCUCAAAUGAUAAUAUUUUGAGACCGCGAUAAUUCCUCUUUUCUCCCCAGUCACUUAACUAAUAUUCUUGUAUUAGGGGAAUCAACUUUGUGGGACCUGACAGACACUCUCUCUCCCUGGCAACUAGAAAAAUCAACCAAUCAGAAAAGUCGGUAGGCAACAGUAUCAAGAAUACCACAAGGUUGGUUUGAGCUGACUAAGGGAGAUAAGAAUUACCACAAGUCAUGAACUCUGUGCAAAAACUGAUUAUAUAAGGAACUGUUUGACUUGGUGUAUUUU